CAGAGCAGCAGGCGCCUCAGUCAGCGCAGCUCUCUCCUGCCGCCUCGGAGGGAUUGGAGCUGGACACACUUUCUUGGAUGUAUCUUCAUCUCGCCAAGAUGAGACUUAUUUUUGUUGCAGUUGCGGUUGCGGCUUUGCUGGCAGAAAAUCUAGCGCUUCCAGUGGGAAAAGAAGGACAGAGAGAAGAUGUGGUUACACGCUGUUUGGUCGAAGUCCUCUCCAAAGCUCUCUCCAAACCGGACUCCCAGCUGGACCAGGAAUGCAAAGACAUUCUCCAAGCAGGGAUCAAACACGCCCCGCUGGACAAGAAGAGCGGGGAGGGGAUUGUAGUUCAUGAAGAGGCGGUCAAAGGUCAUGCUGAGCAGCCUGAGGCAAAGGGAGCAGACGUAAAAGACAUCGAGGCACUUCUGAAAUCCGUCGAGGAAAAAAGAGAAACCCCAGAGGACGAACGCAGCCAAGAGUCCUGGAAUCUGGGUGACGAAAAGGAGAAGAGACACGAGAACGAAGUAGAAGAAGAACGGGAGAAGAGGAGCAGCUGGAGGCCCAGAUAUCACCAAAAGAAACACAAACGGGGAGAGGAAGAAGAAGACAACGAGCGCAGUCAGGAGAGUUGGGCGUCCAUAGAGAAGAGAUCAGAAGAGGAAGGUGACGAGAGAGAGAAGAGGAACUGGAGACCUGGAAGAUACCACCAAAGAAAACACAAAAGAGAUGAGGAACCUUUAGGGGAGGAGAGGGAGGAGCCAGAAGAAGAACGCAGCCAAGAGUACUGGGACUUCGAUACUGGAAGAGAUAAGAGAGAAUGGAGGGCCGGCAGGUACCACCAGAGGAGACACAAGCGUGAUGAGGAGCUCUCGGAGGAGGAAAGAGAAGAGCCAGACGAGGAACGCAGCCAGGAGUCCUGGGGCAUUGACAAAAGGCACGGUGACGAGGAUGAGGAGGAGAGAUCCAAGCGCAUAUGGAAGCCCACACAUCGCUACCACCACAAGAAGAAGUUCCACAAACGUGGCGACGAACCAUCAGAGGAGUACGAAGAUGGCGAGCGCAGCCAGGAAUCCUGGGGUGUUGACAAGAGAGAGUGGAGGGCCGGAAGGCACCACCAGAGGAGACACAAGCGUGACGAAGAGCUCUCCGAGGAAGCCAGGGAAGAACCUGAUGAAGAACGCAGCCAAGAAUACUGGGACUUUGAUACUGGAAGAGACAAGAGAGAAUGGAGGGCCGGAAGGCACCACCAGAGGAGACACAAGCGUGACGAAGAGCUCUCUGAGGAAGCCAGGGAAGAACCUGAUGAAGAACGCAGCCAGGAAUACUGGGACUUUGACACCGGAAGAGACAAGAGAGAAUGGAGGGCCGGAAGGCACCACCAGAGGAGACACAAGCGUGACGAGGAGCUCUCCGAGGAAGCCAGGGAAGAACCUGAUGAAGAACGCAGCCAGGAAUACUGGGACUUUGACACCGGAAGAGACAAGAGAGAAUGGAGGGCCGGAAGACACCACCAGAGGAGACACAAGCGUGAUGAGGAGCUCUCAGAGGAGGAAAGAGAAGAGCCGGACGAGGAACGCAGCCAGGAGUCCUGGGGCCUCGACAAAAGACACGGACAGGACGAUGAGGAAAUAGAAAAGCGCAUAUGGAAACCAACACACCGAUACCACCAUAAAAAGAAAUAUCACAAGCGUGGCGGGGGCUCAUCAGAAGAAGACGAAGAGCAGAGAAGUGAUUCAGAGGAAUACGAAGAACCAGCAAAAGACGGGGACGAAGCAAUGAGGUAUCUGGCAGAGAAACGCAAUCCCUGGAUUUUCAGAGGUUUCUACCAUCCUGCAUGGUACAAAAGGGAUUCAGACGAGCACGCUGCAACCUCAAACAAGAUGGACGAACUGGCCAAGUUGCUGAGCUACAAGAUAAACCAGCUGUCCAGCCACUCUAAUCAAGAGGAGCCAAAGAAGAUUGUGCACCAGAGAGCACUUACCCUGCAGGAGGAGAAAGAGCUGGAUAACCUCGCAGCGAUGGACGCAGAGCUGCAGAAAAUCGCCAGCAAAUUGCAUGACAACAGUGCAUAACCCAGCACGGACACCAUUUCAAGACACUGUCAGUGGAUAAAGCUGCUGUCUUACUAUAUGUCAGCCAAUUUAAUGUGCUUACAGUGUUAAAAAAAAAAAGACAAAAAACUGACCGGAGCCUUGCUGAAAACAUUUUAUCAACUUGUUUAUGAUCGUAUUUGUGAUAUUUUGAUGUUAUCGAAUUAAGCCGCAUGGGAAUGGUUUUGAUGUUUAUAUAGAAAAUAUGAGAUUAUAAUAUAUAUAUAUAUAUAUAUAUAAUGAGAUAAAUUAUUAAAACUGUGUUCUGAAGAAUUCUGCACUCAAUAAAAGAAGUUAU